AUGCUUCCAUUAUUUGCAUCUUAUUCAGUGUCUGCAGGAACAAGCUGCACUUACAAUUUAGAUUAUACUCCUUAUCAACAAAAAUAUGACACAAUUAGCACUGGAGGUCCACAAAUCUUUGAUGGAUUUGCUCCUCUUCAAUCUGGCGAAACGUUAUGCAUCAGAGGAUCAUUCAUGAUUGGAUCUGACCAGAGCUACAAGCUUCAAACUACUUUCUAUACAGGUUCAAUUGAAGAAAAUAAAACAGAAUGGAUAGAUAAUCCUUCAAUUGUAAUGGGAGCCUGCAACACAUACUCCGGAUUAGACAGAUGCUAUACUCCAUACACUCAAAUUCAGUGCAACGAUGCUACCUGCGAUAUUGAAAUCAUGAAUAUUCCUUAUACUCCCACUCAUUACUUCCUUAAAGGUGAAUUAAAUGGAGUCUCUGGAUAUGAUAUUCAAGAUUACUUCUGGGUAACAAUAGCUACAAAAGACUCAGGCGAAUUAGACUUAUACAGGUUCUGCCCCAGCUCUUAA